UAAACCGGUCCUAUCUGAUUCAAUAUUAUGUUUUUAAAAUCUGAACCGACUAAAUUCAAAACCCAAAUUUGUAAAUUUUGUAGAAUGGAAGAUCGGACAUGAUGAAAUUCAAAUGAUUUAGAUCUGAAAGUCGAAACCAUUCGGUCCGAUCGAAUUUUGCACGUCUCUAGCCUCCGACCAAAGACAUACUCCACGGUUAGAGCAAGUGGUGCGACCCUUUGGAUUUUAGCUGCCUGUUCUACCAAAACCCUUAAAUAUUUCUCAUCAGUAAACCAUAAACCCACAACAAUCAACACAGUAAAGACUGAAACAAAUGGAAUGGUGAAACGGAUCCUUCCCUUCGUCACCGUCGUUGGAUCUCCCUCACUCCGCCCUUUCAUCACCUUACGCCGCCCUUCUUCGCUGCUUCUCCAUAAUUACAUUGUCAUAGAAGUUCAUCCGCCAAAAUCGUCGCCUUUCUUUCACAAACCGUACGGAUGUUCAUUGCCAUUUUAUUCCGUCAAUUUCUCCCGAAUUAUUCAUUUACAUUUUAAUUUCUGGAUUGAGUUAAUGCCAUUUACAUUUACAUUUACAAUGAUCCAGGAAUCUCAGCGUAUUGGGAUGCGCACAAUCGUUAAUGCCGAUGCAUAGUGUGGUGGCUGAUGCUCGAUUGACUUCGCACAUUGUAGUCGACACGAGAACUUAUUGGGAGUUGUCUCAGGGUACCUUCACUCGCACUUGUCAAGAUCUUUAAUUUCUCCUUCACUAUCUCCUUUACUGAUGUAGAUCGAAUUUAGAAGGCCACCAUUUUCUGUGUGUAUAAUUAUGAUGUGGUCCUAUGAGCAAUUUGAUAUCUCAUCUGUUAGAUUUGCAGCAAAGUAUGGGUAGAAAGUUGCUUCUGCAUUCUUAGAACACAUCUUUUUCCUUGGAAAGCAAAACCUGUUUUCUCGAGUUUAAAAAAAAAAAAAAAACCGUUUUCUUUAGACUCUUCCUUUGCUUAGAGUUAGAGGUUGCACCUUCGACAUCUAAUAUGUGUACAAACACGUACUUGGAGUACUUGGUUUCUUACCGAAGUCACGAAAAUUUAGCUUAAAAAGUGGCAAGUUUGAUACUCGGAUUUGUACAAGUGAAUUUGAUGUCAAUACCCGAGUCUGAGUAACAUUGAUUGAGAAACUCAAAUAAUGGUGGAGGAGUUCAGAGUACCUCCUGAACGUAGAAGAAUCCUUUUCUUUAAUAAUUAUAGGUCUACUUGAUUUAAGAUAGAAAGAGGGAGAAGAUGCAUGGAACCAAAAUCCUGUCAGAAGCCUGCAGUGAAAGAUGAGAUAAGAUAUAUAGUUGUGUUAAGUAGGUCGUAAUACAGAAGCAUCCUUCUCCACUAGUAUCAUUAAGAUUCCUCAGCUUACCCAUUCCUAUAUAAGACUAAGCAAAAUGUGUUGUAGUCCCUGCAGAAGUACCAUUGAGUCAAAAAUGGUCUCCGAAAGGGAAGAUGUCGAAAACCAAACUUCAACUAAUGAUCAAAGUGAGAUUAGUGAUGAAUUAGGGAAUUGGUUAAGCCUAAGCCUCAAUACAGAUGAGGCGAAUACAGACAGUAAUGUCGCUGCUGCACAGUUAGGUCGUGGUGGUUCUGUAAAGACGUUUUCUUGCAGUUUUUGUCAAAAGAAAUUCUACAACUCGCAAGCGCUUGGAGGACACCAAAACGCUCACAAAAGAGAGAGGGGUGAAGCCAGGAGGCAUAAGCUGUUGAUGAAGGAAUUUGGGUCUCCUCUUAGCGGUGUUCAUGUGGUUCGGUCUCUUGGGAUUCAGCCGCAUUCCCUCAUUCACAAAUCUGCUAUAAGAGAGAACCCAAUGUUGGGAGGUGCUCGCUUUAGGGAUUUUAACUGCGGACUUGGAACCACUUCUUCCACUGGUAGCCCAUGUGUGGUAGGUGAGCGUAUAGCUUUGGUUUGGCCAGGGAGUUUUCGGGUUCAAAAACAUCAUCCUACCAAGCAAAUGAUGAUUCAUAAUGAGAUGGACUUGAAUCUCAGUUUAUGAUUUGAAUCUUUCUGGUUAUUAGAUCAUCUAAUUACGUUAAUCUGAUCUCGGUUUUUUGUUUUCUCAGGGUAGAAUGAUCUCCUACAUCAAUACUAUAGCUCAUUUUAACUUGACUAUGCUUCUUAAAGUUUUUGUUAAAGAAAUAGUACUCUCGUUUCUUUUCAAACGUCCCAUAUGGUUAUUUAGUACUAUUCAUUAAAUACUCUUAAUUUGUAAUUUAUUCUUAAUCUAUAAAUUAAAACAUAGUUCAAUAGGAUUUUGGUUGAUUCAUCUCGACAUAAGGUGUAUUAUAUGUAUUUUUUAUAAUUUUUAAUUAUGCACAUUAGAGAUAUUAAAGAUUGAAUUAGUGCAUUGUCUAACGUACAAAAAGCAAAUAAGAUGUUUGAAAAGAAAAUGGAGAAAGUACUUACUAUUUACUAAUCAAAGUCUCUUGAGAGACCGCCUCCUUGAGAGAUGUAUCCUAAACCCAGUCUAUUAAAGAUUAAUGUCUAUUUACCGUAUUCUUAAUGCCCACUUUCAUUACCUUAAUACUUAUCUACCUUAU